CUAUACUUCAAGCUAAUAGAAAGAAUACAGUCGAAUUUGUCAUCUUGUAUUGUGAAAAAUACGUAUUUUAUUUAUAUUACGUUAAAUGGUAGUCAGUUUUUGAUAAUAUUUGAUUAAAGAAUAAAAAUUAUAAUGAUUGUGCGAGGAUAAAUUACAAAGUUUUUGUAUCUGCAUAUACAUUGUAUAUGAAUAUUUUUUUCGUUAGCUAUUCACAGUAGGUUGGUUCAUUACACAUAUACAUAAACAUCUAUUGUGAAUUAUUCUUUUUCUCGUCACGUACACCAGUGUCAUAUUGUGUACACAGUAGACAAAAACAUUUUGUAAUCAAGCUGAACAAAGUUUUUUACUUAAAUGUUUAGCAAAUUGUAAAAUUUUAAUAUUGUCCACUAAUAGCCUUAAAAAAGUAAAAAAUAAAUGUGAAAAACUUAUAUAUUGCGCUAAAACGCCAAGUUUGUGACAACAAAGAUCCAGUGCUAUUUAAAUUAAAAACAAGUUCUUUAAUUGAAUACAAGUGAAAUAAUUGUUUGUGUACAUACAUAUUUAAUGAACUCAACUAUUUGUGUUAAAUAAAAAUGUUAAAAUGUAUAUUGUGAACUUUAAUAAACAAUGUAUAAAACUUCAGAGUAAAAGGACGAUACAAUUUUAUAAAAAUUAAUACAUGUAUGUUGAUUUUAAUUUUAAAAUAAAUAUUACGUUGUUAUAGAACUACGUUUGGUAAAAAUAAUAACAAAUAAGAAAAAUGUCUGCCGACAUACCGCGUAUUAUGGUUUUUCGACCAACAUGGGAAGAGUUUAAAGAUUUCCCUAAAUAUGUGGCUUACAUGGAAUCUCAAGGUGCCCACAAGGCUGGUUUGGCGAAAGUAGUGCCACCGCCUGAAUGGGUUCCGCGAAAAUCAGGCUACAAUGAUUUAGACGCUCUAAAGAUAACAAUACCGGCUCCCAUUUGCCAAGUUGUUACAGGCAAACAGGGACUGUAUCAGCAAAUUAAUAUACAGAAAAAGCCAUUAACUGUUAAACAGUUCUCCGAAUUGGCAAGUACAGAACGCUAUCAGACACCUAAACAUUUUGAUUACGAAGACUUAGAAAGAAAAUAUUGGAAAAAUAUAACAUAUGUGGCUCCAAUAUAUGGAGCCGACGUUAGCGGUAGCAUAACUGAUCCAGAUCAAAAUAGUUGGAAUAUUAACCAUUUGGGAACCAUUCUUGAUUACGUCAACGAAGAUUACGGUAUCCAAAUUGAUGGAGUAAAUACUGCAUACCUAUAUUUCGGUAUGUGGAAAACAACGUUUGCUUGGCAUACAGAAGAUAUGGAUUUAUAUUCUAUAAAUUAUUUGCACUUCGGUGCUCCGAAAACUUGGUAUGCAGUACCACCAGAAUACGGUCGCAAAUUAGAAAAAGUUGCAAAUCAGUAUUUUCCUGCCAGUUAUAAAAACUGUAAUGCUUACUUGCGACACAAGAUGACUCUUAUAAGUCCACAAAUUUUAAAACAACAUGACGUCCCUGUAAAUAAGAUUACUCAAGAGUCAGGGGAGAUAAUGAUUACAUUUCCAUUUGGUUAUCAUGCGGGUUUUAAUCACGGUUUUAAUUGUGCUGAGUCAACUAAUUUUGCAAUGGAGCGUUGGAUAGAAUACGGCAAACGUGCGACUCAAUGUACCUGCAGCAACGAUAUGGUUAAGAUUUCAAUGGACACAUUUGUAAAACGUUUUCAACCAGAACGUUAUCAAGCCUGGCUUGAAGGUACAGAUUUUGGUCUACAUCCGGAGGAUCCUCCUAAUGCUAUUGUUCCAGCUCCUUUACCUACACAUAUAGAUGUCAUGUGCAAUAAAAAUAAUAGGGGUGCUUUUGAUGAUUUACCUUUAAACAUGUUAAAAAGAAUGAAAAAACAAUGUAAUCCAACAAAAACAAAAUCGUUUAAAGAACGUAACCCUGAUUUGGACUUAGAUGAGAUUCAGCAAAAUCCUAAUAUACCUGACGACAUAAAGGCGGUCUUGAAAGAAAGUGUUUUAACGUUAGAUGCUGAAGAGGAAGAACCUGCUAUCGUAGGUGACGAAAAUGAAGGAAAUAAAUGUGUGGAAGGUCCAGCAGAUCUUAAAACAAAAAAAGAACUUUUAGCUUAUAUUGAUGAUGGAACAGAUGAGGAUGAUGAGGAAGAUCGUAACUUUAAGAAACGUAAAAAUAAGCGUAAAACGGAUGCUGAAUAUGAUGAUGAUUGGUUAGCCAGUAAACGACGGACUAACUCACGAAAUAGCAGUAGAGGGAGAAAUCCUCGAGGCAAAGAUAAAUCGAAAGAUGACCGUUCAAUAUCACCAGCAUCAUCAACAUCGUCGUCAGCAACAACUAAGUGUGGACGUGGUAAUAGAUUGAAUACAAAAACGAAUAUUUCGAAAACUCCUCGCAAAACUCCAGUUAAAAAAAAGAAAGGCGAUGAUAAAAACUCAUCAACUUCAGAGAGUCCAAAAUUGGAUAUAUCUCCAACGCCAUCAUUGCAGACAACAAUAACUGGUAAUGCAGGAGGAGAUACGAGUCAAAAGCAUAUUUCCACACUAACGAAAAGUGAACAUCCCUCAUUGCAGUUUAUGCAACAACAGCGUAAAUUUGAAGGAAGAAUACCAAAAAUUCAUCAGCAAACAACACAAAUGACAACAUUAGCAAGUGUUAGCACAACUAAUACCAUUACUUCCAGCACUCCAACAUCAUCUACAGACGCUAACAUCAGCGGCACAGACGGUGUAACAACAAAAUCCUCAAUUUCUAGUCAAAAUCAAACCGAUCAAGCGAUAGUUUAUGCAACCAUGUUGCCAGCCGCUACAACAUUUAAUGGCAUUCCAUCUCAUCAUCAACCACAGUAUAUUACAAUGCAAGCGCCAACUACGACUUUAAGUCCAACCACGCAUACAACAUCUAGUCCCAUAACCGCUGCAACAACUGAUGGUACAGUUUAUCAAUAUAAAUCAGAAAUUAUUUGUGACACACAACAUCGAUACCAACAGCAGCAACAGGCACCUUCCCAAUCUCACGACAACCACGACAAUGUGGUCACCAAUAUUAGUUCGUCCCCCCUACUGCUCACAACAACAUCAUCAACAUCGCCUCCGCUGUCAUUGUCAACAACGACAAUUUCGACAAAUGGCAACAACAGCAACACCGAGACAACCACGCAAACGUCACAAUCUCAAUACCGAUAUAUUACCACCACCUCAACAGGCUCGACAAGUGGAGAAGAAGUUGCACAACACCAGACUCCGUCAACGACAAUUGUGUAUGAAAACUAUGAAGGCGACGUUGCCCCGAACGGGAGCACAAUCAUUAAAUUCGAGGGAGGAGAAUAUGAAGUAAUAAAGAGUGAAAUAAAUGAUAAUCAUAUAAUACAAACAACAUCCACUAAUACCGUACAACAUCAGCAUUCCCAACAGCAGCUACAACAACAGGAAGUGAUUGUCAAGUAUGAAGACCAAAGUUUGGACGAUGACAGUUAUGAGGAAUUUCAGGCUGUUUCACAAUCUCCACAAAAGGACCAGCAACAGGGAUUGACCUACCAAACAAUUACUCACCAUGAUAAGGAACUAAACCAAACAAUAACUGAGACCAUAGCUAUACCAAGUGGUGGCACUAUACCCAAUGUUAAACAAAAACGUAAACGUAAAACACGUUCAGUAGCGGCCGAUGAACAGGGCGAAUAUUUGGAAAAAAUGUCAGUGAGAGGUUUGGACAUACAAAGGUACGAACAUAUUAUUGAUGGUGUCUCAUAUUGUUUGGUAUGUGCUAAAAAUGAUAUUUAUAAGACGUUUAAAAACAAGUACAGUUUCCAACGUCAUGCAUAUCUUUUUCAUGAGGGCGAUAAUCGAAAAAUAUUCGCUUGUCCCAUUUGUAAUAAAGAAUUUUCAAGGCCAGACAAAAUGAAAAUGCACAAGAAAGAUAAACACGGCGAUAUGACGUUGGCAGAUUCUAAUAUGAACGGCGGUACUGGAACACCUGUGAAAAAUAACACAAAAGUGGCUGAAACUCCACCACCAGCUAAAAGAUCAAGAACUUCAGCAGCGAAAACACCAAGAGCAAGAAAACCUCGCAGCACAUUGGCCAAUAUGAACAACAAUGAAAUUGUUAUUUCUCAUAGCCCCAAUAAAGAUGCUGCCGCGCAAAAACGUUUGGCUCAAAUUGAUAGUGUCUUAGAUGAAGUGCAAAACGCAGAUUCUAAUCAAUCUGGAGGAAGUUUACAAAUCCAACAGCAAAGUAUUGUACAAUCAGUUCAAACACAGCAGCAGCAUCAUCAACCCGCCCAGCAGCAGCAAUUACCAUCUCUGGAAUUUAGUGGGAUGAUUUUACCCGGUGGUGCACAGCUAGCUUUGGCAAAUCCAGGUGCCACUUCAAGUAUAAUACAACCUCAACAAAGAGUUUUGAAUAACCAGCCAACACAACAAACUGCUGUGGCUGCACAAAAUCAUUCUCCUGCUAAUGGUGGAACAACUACAUUGAUUUAUUCGAAUCAAAUUGAUUUACAGCAAGCUUUGUUGCAACAGCAGUUGCAAGGUCAAAGUAUAAUGAUUCAAGAUCAAGCUGGCAAUUUAGUACCUUUGCAGUCAUUACAAAGUUUAGACGGUACACAGACAAUUUACACUACGGCUCCGGCCACUUCAGCGCAUCGGCAACAAAUCCUACAGGCCCAGCCCACACAACCUGCACAACAAACCUUGGUAACCACUAAUCCUACUCAUGUAAAAGUGGAAUCAAAUUCACCACAAUCACAACACAACAACAAUAACAAUAAUGCCUCUAGUCAUCCCAUGCAGCAACAUUACGAAAUUGAAAAUGUUUCGUAUAUAUCAUCUGCAGCACCCGCUCCAACAGUUCCUACUCAUGCACCUACAGAGCAGCAUGUUAUUGGUACCGUGCAAAGUUACCAAAUUUUGACACCUGAUGGCCUCCAAAGCUACCAAGCUGCCGCUAAUAAACUUGAACCCAAUGAAAUAGAACUCUGUCCAUACAGUAUGUCAAGUACAACACCACAAUAUACGUAUAGUAGCCAUCUAACUACGUCUUCUGACCCAUCGUUACAUCCGCAACAUCAUCAGCAAACUCUAAGCGCCAAUGGCUCACAUCACGCAAUUCAUCAUCAAUCACACCACCAAAAUAAUUCUCCUGCUCCACAUAGCCAUCAUCAACAUCACCAGACAACGCAUCAUCAACUACCGUCGCUAACUGCUCCGCAUCAUCAAUUUAUGGAAUUAAAAAACGAAUUACUCAUUAAAAGUUCCGACACAUAUUCGUUGGAUGCUGCCACCUCAAUGUAUCACUUACCUUUCUCGCCCACUUCUAUGAUUAAUGCUGUGAGUGAUGUUAAUUCAUCCUCACUAUUGGAAACCAAAGAAAUUAGCACCAACAACAAUACCGCAGCAAUAAGCAACGAAAUAACAGCAACUCCUAUAAUAUGCGCCAACAACAACAUAAAAGUAAUCAAAACAAUAUCAAGGAAAAACCACAAAUCUCCAAUUGUUAUCAACAGCAUAAAGAAAUUGGAAACAACGGUAGCACCACCAAGGGCACAAUUAACCGAUCCUUGUCAACCAGUUCAAAUUUUGCUCGCGCGCAAAAUUGGAGGGGGUCUAACAACUAUCAAUACCAACAACCAACACAAUCCUCUGAACCAUACUAUAGUAAGUUCAACUAAACUAGGAGGAGUGAUACAGAAGAGAUGCAAUGAUGAAUCAAUUAUUAUUAGGGAAAUGCCUAAUGCUGAGUUAGAUUGUAGAAAUUCGGCCGCCGUUGCUACCGAAGAAAUAAUAAAAAAAUUCCGCAUACCCAAGGGAAUAGCACUGACACCAAAAUUUCCGGACGAUUUAAACGUAGGCUCACACUGUCCCGCGGAAGUAGUAACAAAUGUAUCGACAGCAUUAAUGUCGCCUCCGUUAACAACAAACGAAGAUGGUGACAAUUCAUCCGGCCUAGUGGAGUAUGUAGAAGAAGUUUAUGAUAAUGACGGUGAUCUUGCUGAAGAAGAAGGGGAAGAUAUGCAUGUCGAAGAGAUGGAAGAAAUUAAUGAGUCUUGCGAUUUCCACGAGUAUCAAGAAACUGAACACGAAGAACAGAAUCAAUUAGAAGAUAAUGAUUUAAUUGAAGAGGUGGAAUCUUCAGAACACCAAGACUUAUUAAUGUCUGGUGAAGCUGACGAUCUUAUUGAUGCUGCUAACGGUAAUACAGAUGUAUUAUUAGAAACUUCUUGCCAACAACAAACUACUAGCUCCACAGCAAGUUCAGCUGUUCCUCAGAUAAUACAAGCUGUCCAACCUAAUGGUGUUGUCACAUGCUUCCAAUUGCCAGCAAAUACUAUAAUAUUACAGUCUCCAGAUGGGGCUUUACUUGCAACCACGGCUCCCCAUCCAACAAAACCAGGACAACAGCAGAUUAUAGCUAUACAAGAUCUUAACUCUCAACUAAGUGACAUUCUCAAUUUAUCAUCAACAAAUACAACAGUUGUAUCCUCUUCCUCGAUUCAACCAUCAACAGUUGUUUUGUCGCCCAACGGUCCUACAGUGCCACUGGUGACCUCAUUAGGAGAUUCAUCCGGUCCGUCUAAUAUUGCGCAUCAAUCCACCACCCCUGCAAUCAUCACAUCAAAUGAGUCAUUAUUAAAAGCCCAACAGCAACAAAUAUUAGCGUAGGGUCUACACGGCGGCCAAUUGGCACGAUUUUUAAGUAAUCCGCAAACUACUUUAUUACCAACAACUUACUUUUUUUAAUUUUAAAUAUUUAUUAAUAUAUUUUGCAAAUCUCACUGAAUGUUACGAACAAUCAAACAGAAAUAGAACAUUAUCAAUGUGAACAAAAAACGUAUAACAUUAAGUGUUCAUUUUCAUAAUGUCCUUUUUCAAAAAUACUUCGGUUUUGGUGAUUUUUCUAAAAUAAUGGUAAACAUUGUAGAUCUGACUAUGAAGCUUAAACUUUUGGAAGAUUUACACUUACUUUUUAUUUUUAUUUUAUAUAUAGAAAUCGUGCCAUUUUGUCGCCAUCUAUUCUUAAAACAAUUUGACGAAAUUAUGAGGGCUGUAAACAUUUAUAAAUGUUGAUUACUCGAAUAAGUUAUAUUUCCCAUAGAUUUAUCAUAUCAGUAAAACUGAUGGCGUCUAGCUACAAAAUAGUAGUAAACACACUUUUAGAAUGAUUUCAUAAAAUCAUUCAUACAAAAAAAAAAAAAACACUAUAGGUACUUGCUCUGAAUAAAUAACAAGGAAUAUGAAAAA